GGGUUGACAGAGCCUGUCAGCGCGCUACAAUCGUUUUAUGGCCCAGGUCACAACAGGGGAACUGUCAGUCGAUUUAAAAAAUACAAUAUAAAGCAUAAUUAAACUGUGAAUGGUAAUUGAUGAAUGUCGAAGGUUUAAGAACAGGAUUUGAAAGUGAUUGUGCUUGGUAAAAAGAUAUGAACCUUGAAUUGUUUCAAACAAUGCCACGAACACCGUACUUCUCAUGUCAACAACGGUGUUUACAGCUUUACUGACCAAUGGACUUGAAGUGAAAAAUAUAAAGGUGGAAGGUAAUUUCAUCAAUCAAGAAACAUGGCAGGAAAAUUUAACAUAGGGAUCAGACCAGAAAUUCGUCUAGACCACAAGUGGUUAAAGACGGAUCUGCAACGUGCCCUUUGCCGCGAUGGCCUUGCAGAUCUUUGGAAUGAAAUGGUACGCGAUGGAGAAAUCAUUGGAUCAUUCAGUGACGGUCUUAUUAAUUCAGCUGGAGUCACGGCAAGAAAAGGGGAUAGCGGACAUUAUUACUGCAAUUUAAGGGUAUUAUCAUGCCUCUGCUGCGAUGGUAUUUGUGGCCCACAAAGUGGAUGCAACUGUGGUCCCUGCCAAAAAAUAGAUGCUGAGGAAGCAGCAUUAACUGCAACAUUGACUGAGAAAACGAUACCAGCACAAAGUUUAAUAGAUUCAUGGCUGUGGGGACCUCAGCCUUCUACCGAUGAUUUGGUCACGUGUAUUGAAUCCCUUAUUGAUGAACAGAGAAAGCGUUGCUACGAAGUAGCUAACAGUACGCUUUUCGCCACAAGAUUAAAGCAACGAUUGGUAGUUGCUCGAAGAUACUUUUCAGCUUUAUCUCGCUAUAAACCGCAAGAAACCAGUGAUGCAAAUACUUUGAAGACGGUGGUGAAAGCACAAAAAAUCAUCAAACCAUGUGAAAAAGCUACGGUAGGCCUUGCUCGAGUUGGUUCACGAGCAGCAUUGAACUUUUCAUUUGCAUUCUUACGUCGUGCGUGGCGCUCAGGAGAAGAUGCUGACUUGUGCAGCGAGUUAUUAACCGAAUCGCUCGAGGCGCUCCAAUCUUUACCAGAAGCUACUCUUUUUGAUGAAUCAAAUGUAUCAAGAGUCUGGCUGGAAGUCGUUGAAAGAUCUGCCAAAUUUUUAAGACAAGUAGUUACUGGGGACGUGGUUGCUGGGAAGUCAUGGUGCCCAGUUCCAGUCUCAGAUCAACAUACAGCACUUUGCUUAUUACUGGAACUUGCGACACAGAAAGGCACAUUAUCGAGUCUCCUAGAUGCCGUUAUUCUGUUACUUUAUCUCAGUGGAAAAACAAAGCAUCAAGACAACCGUGUGAUGCCGUCUGGUACAUCUGCGCCCCUCAUUCCUUUAUUACGACGGCUGGAAGCUAUACCUCAACCAAGACAUACCGUGAAUGAAAUAGCCACACCCGGCCCUUGUGAAGUUCUAUUAAAACAUUUAAGACUACCAGAAGAUGAUACAGUUGCUGUAGAUUUGCGAAAAGCUGCAGUCAUAAUAAUGAGCCAUUUAAGUCGCUUGGCUAGUCCUUUGUUACCUCCUAUUGUUUCUGGAGGGUUCUCUAAGAAUCAAGCUCAAAUGUAUCAAGAAGUUUUAGCCUGGGGUGGAGUGAAACUAGGAAAUGGUACAUCACCGUUUUACUGUGACACCAUUGCGGAACGAGGAGUCAAGCAGCUCUGCUGUUCCGAAAGAGCAUUGAUGACUCUAUCAUCACAGGGAAAAGUUUACAUGAUGCACUAUGGUUCCGAUACACAGUAUCUUCAAAGAGUCCAUGGUUUUUCCGAGGUGCCUGUUGCGAUGAUUGCUUCGCAUUCAGAUGGUAAACAUUAUUUAGCACUAACUCAAGAUGGGUUGGUAUAUUCUUGGGGUAACGGUGAUGGUGGUAGAUUGGGACAUGGUGACAACAACUCUUAUGAUGAGCCAAAAGUGAUAGAUGCUUUAACUGAUAAGAAAAUAACGUCUCUUGUCUGUGGCAGUACAUAUUCUGCGGCACUUUCUGCAAACGGAGACUUAUACACCUGGGGAAGAGGAAAUUAUGGAAGGCUAGGACAUGGCAAUUGUGACGAUAUUUCAGUGCCAACAUUGGUAACAGCUCUCAAUGGUCACAAGGUCGUACAUGUUGCCUGUGGCAGUGGUGAUUCACAAACAUUAUGCGUCACUGAUUCUGGAAUUGUGUUUUCAUGGGGUGACGGAGAUUAUGGGAAACUUGGCAGAGGUGGUUCGGAUGGAACCAAAACACCCAAAAUUGUUGACAAGCUGUUGGAUAUAAAUGUUGUAAAAGUAUUUUGUGGCGGACAAUUUUCUGCUGCUCUAACAGCUUAUGGCGAAGUUUAUACCUGGGGAAAAGGAGAUACUUAUCGUUUAGGACAUGGUAACGAAGAACACGUUAGAUACCCGAAAUUAGUUGAAGGUUUGCAAGGCAAGAAGGUGAAAAAUCUAGCUGUUGGAAAUGUACAUGUGCUAACAUUGACUGAAGAUCAAUUAGUAUAUGGCUGGGGCAGAAAUGAUUAUGGACAAAUCGAUCAUGGUUUAGGUACGACAGUUCCAGAACCAACUUUGUGUUCAGCACUAACGGGUAAAAGUGUCAUUGGACUAGUUUGUGGUCCUACCCAAAGUUUUGCUUGGUCAAUGAGGUCAACGUGGUCAGUAGCAAGUAAAGUUGCCUUUGUUGUUGAUGUUUGUGAAGAUACAUUUCAACUUUUGGAUACUUUACUGGCUAAAUCUUGCGAGGGCUUACCAGGAACUAGACCGCCAACACAGGACCGUGAAUGUUUGGCCGUGGCUGCUUUAAAUUUAUUGAGGCUACAACUGCACACAAUGAUUACACAUAACAUUGACAGUAAAACUGUUGGUCUUGGAAACACUCAAUUACUGAAUUCACUGAAACAACGGUGCGUUCAUCUUGCGAGCAGUGCAGGAAUAUUAGCUACAAUGCAAGAGGCAGCCCAGGCUGUUCUACAAACAGGAUGGAGUGUUUUGUUACCUACAGCUAACGAGCGUGCAAAAACGCUGUCUGGACUUUUGCCAAAUUCCAGUGGAUUGGAGCAAUCGAACACGAAUAAAGGGCAACAGUUUAUGGCUGAUCUAUUAGUGUCGAGUUUGAUGGCUGAUGGUGGAUUAGAAUUCGCUUUGAAAGCAGCAAUAAAAGCAGAGGUUGCAGACGUUUCGGAUCAUAGCGAAUUCCCUGUUGUUUCUAGUGCUGGAAAGACUGUAGAAAGUAAACAAGCGAAAGAAUUCAAUUCAGAAAAACAUAAUGUUACAAUACCGUUACUUCAACUAGUAAAGCAAUUGAUAAGAAAUGGAUCUUGUAUCAGCCAGUCUAAAUUUCAAACCCUGCAACAAUCUUCAAGAAAUCAAAAUGCCCCUAAACUUGACAAUUCACCAAGCAUAAACUUAUUACUGAGAUUUCAGCGUCUGUUGAUAGCUCAAUUGUAUCAAUGCAUCCAUGAAAAUAGCUCAGAGAAUCCCCAGGAUCAAGAGAUGCUUGGGGCAGAAUCACUUCUGAAAAAGUAUAUUUGCCAAGUGUGCAACCAUGUUACAGAGACGUUACCUUUAGCGAAUGAAGCUGCUGCUACCAGUACUAAAAAUUUUGCGCUUGUAGCAUCCAUCAUAAAAGGUGAUAUUGUGAAUAUUCUACUCCCAGAAUUGAUCAUUUGCUUGAUUCUUCUACAAGUUGAUUACCCCAUGUUACUGCGUAAUAUGAAUUGGAUGGAGGUACUAUCUCCUAUUCUACAUAUUUUGGAUAAAUUUAACAGAUUAGCUCCGACCCUCGAAAAGGAUGAUGCGGAUGACUUGUCGUGGCCAGGUAUAAUUGCACCCCAGCACGGAAACAAAAUUCCAGUGCAUGAUGAGCCAUCAUUAAUCAGAUGGGCAGAUUUGGAGAAUCACAAUCGUGAUGGGGGUCUGUGGAUAGUAAUACAGGACAAAGUUUAUGACGUUCAGGAUUUCAGAUACGAGGGCGCGUGUGCACCGGAAUUGCUCCAAAGGUAUGCAGGUAGAGAUGCGACUGCAAUGUUUCUAAGUACACCUCACUCUCAGUUAGCUCAAAAUAUGAUGGACUCAUAUUUUGUGGGAUGCUAUUGCCAUGCCGAGACUGAUACCACACAGUUUACAAUUGAAGAAACCGAUGUCUGUUCGUGCUUAUUGGAUAUGGAAAGAGCCUUGAGCUUCCUCUUAGGCUUACACGCGCACAAAAUGCGCCAGAGCUUAUCCAUCCAGCCUGCAGAAGAAGAGGCAGGAAUUUGGGUUAACGCUCAUUUUCUACGAGGGGGAUUACAAAUAAUGCAACCGCCGAAUCCAUAUGAAGAAGAGAAAGGUGAAGCAAGAAGUAACAAUUCCACAGCUGCCAAUUCCCCUACCGAACCACUAGUACCAAUAUGUACCAAAGAUGAACCUCAACGAUUAAUGGAAGACAGAAUAGCUGCAUUCAUUCAAGCCUUAGCGGAAACGCAUAAAACAGACACUUUUGUUCAAGCAUUUUUAUCCAUAGUUGAUAAAUACAGUAAAAUGAAUAAUCUACUAUCUCAUGUUGAUUUUUGCGGUGAUCAUCCAGUUGAAGAGAUUGGAAGACUUCUCAUGGCAGUUAUAAUAAAACAUCUUGCUCUAGGAUAUCAAGUUAUUGCAUUGGUUGACCAAGAAUUGACAGAUGGAAAUAUUAAGUUGUCUAAACCUCUGAUUGAUAUGAUAAGGGCAAUACAUCAAACAAAGUGGAAUUUGAUCAGAUCCAGGCAAUUGCAGAAUAGAAGUUACAAAGAAGUCUGUGCACCGGCACAAGAAAGGUGUAGAUUCUUAUUGUACGAAGUCAGACCAGCAACAAGCUACGAAGUAAAAGCUCUGCAGGAUUUGAAACUUUUGCAUACUUUUCCACGAUUUAAAAAAGCUGUACAAUCAUUGCUGUCAGAUAUCCGAUCGAAUAAAGACUCUCUAGCCAAACCAGAAGAUAUAGUAAAUACUUCCAUUCAAAAUGCUGAAGCAAAAAAUAAGUCAGAUGAAGAUUUAUCACCGAAAACUGGAAUGCCUGCCUCAAUAAUGCCACCUAAACCACAUGAUACCCCAGACUUAACAAAAGUAAUAAUGCAGAUAGCUGAAAAAGUUAAAUACCAACCAUUGGCUAUUGACUCUGGCAUGCUGAUGACAAGUAUAAUUAAUUUUGCAACAACCGAAGAAGGUGGAGAUGUUGAAACUCUCCGUAGAGCGAUGUAUUGUCAAGUUCAACGAGUUAAGAUGCGAGAGCAGGGAAUCCUAAUGAUACAAGAACUGUUGAAAAAAGAUUACCUAAUAACAUCCGUUAAAUACCCUUUGCUUAAUGGAUGGCUUGGACUAACUGAUAAUGAUAAAACCAAUAAUACAGGGAUCACCCAUUGUUUGAGCAAUAUUCAACUUGUGACUCCUUAUCAAAAAUCAAAGAUAAUUUUGGCAGAAUCUGAAGUUACAAUUUGGGCAAUUAGAACAUUAAGAGAACACAUUGUGCAAACCGAACUAAAAUAUAAAUCAAAAGCUGAUGGAAAAAGUAGCUUGAACCAAGGUACUUAUACCUGGCUCAGAAAAUUACCAAGAGCAAGAUUUUUGCUAACGAUUCUAGGAAUGUUGACCGGUUAUCAACAUGCUAAUGAAAUUGGAUUAUUAGUAAAUUCUGGAUUACUGUCUAGCAUCUUGACUUUGCUCAGACAAAUUGGACCUUCGCUACCUACUCAGAUGUUGAAACCUAAGGAACUUACUGCCAUUUAUGAAGACUCGGUUCAAAAAACUAAACCACCUGCAGUGACAUUAAACGGAUCAGAACUAGCUGCAUUAAUGAAAAUUGGUACACGAGUUGUGCGCGGCGUCGAUUGGAAGUGGGGAGACCAAGACGGACCACCUCCUGGUGAAGGUAGAGUUGUGGGAGAAUUAGGCGAAGAUGGCUGGAUUCGAGUGCAAUGGGAUAAUGGAAAUACGAAUUCUUACAGAAUGGGCAAGGAGGGUAAAUACGAUUUGAAACUAGCUGAGCCACCUACACCACCUGACAGUGAUACAGAUAGUGAGUCCCCACUGGAUGCGAACAAGGUUUACAGAGAUGGAAUAAACGAUCUACAUCCCACCAUGUACCUUAAAGCUGCAUCUGGUGCGCUAUUUCGUAUUAUUUUACUUUCUUGUGGAAUAGAAGCCAACAGAGUUCAACCAUCCGCCAUAAAGCUCCUGGCAUCUGUCAUCAGAGAAAUUAUAUCAGCUGCCAAUAAGCCAGAUUCUGGCACGCGAACUUUGUUGGCUAAAGACCAUCAUGAAACUUGGGCUAGUCUGGGCCUUCUAAGAGCAGUGGCCAACUCACCAAUGCUAUGUAGAGCUUUAAGCACUCAGCCAUGGGUUGAUUUAUUGCUGAGCAUGAUUGAGGAAAAGAAUAACAUAGAUCUGCAGAAGCAAAUUAUGGCACUAAGAUUGUUAAAAGUUGUAUUACCCUCAUGGAGUGAAGAAAGUCCAGAAAUGAUUUCAUUUUUAGACAAGAUAUUUAAACUCUUAGGGCAAAUUACACUCAUGAUUGACACAAGAUCGAAUACAGAGAUUCGAAUGAAUAAAUGUCGAGUAUCGCUGACUGCUGCGCGCAGUUCAACCAUAGCUGAAGAAAUCAUCUCUUUGAUUCGUAACUUGCAUCCUCUACCUGGCUGGAACGCCACUUUAAAUACAUUUCUUACUGCGAAACUUGCUUUAGCUUCAGAUCUUCUAAAUGAUGGACCUUUGUUUCACAUACAAAUGAAUGAAAAUGAUGGUGAAAAUAGCCUCGCUAUACAACAAACUGUCAUAGCAUCGCUUUCGGUCGUCGGAGGUUUGGACAAUAAGCCAAGAAUUGGAGGUCUGAUUGAGACUGAAGGACAAAUUGGAACAAUUUGUAAGGUUACCCAACAUUCCAAGUUAUUAGUACAAAUGCGUGACACUGGAAUACAAAAGAAACUACCAUUAUCUGCAGUGAAGAAUAUUCACGAACAUUUUCGCUUGGAUCAAAUGCCCAUGACAGAACACUUGCUCAUGACUUGGGCCAAUUUACUUUUAGGCCAUUGUGCCAUAGAUAGACGCCCUGGUUCUAUGCCAGUUAUAGCAGGUGUUGUUAAUGCAUCAGUACUUCGUACUCAGCAACAACAAUUGGCAGCUCUUAAUGCUGGGAAAGCUCUUCUUUCUCAUCAAACUCUUUUAAGACGAGUUUUAAAAUGCCCAAUCGUCGAAAGCGAAGAAGAUCAAACCGUUCUUUUACAAGAGAUGCUAAUUCGUGCUACUAAACCUCAACCAUUGAAACCAAUAUUUACCCGUGAAGAAUUGGAAGUGGCAGCUCUGGCAGUGUCACAGUAUUUGACAUCUGAAUUAAAACACACACCGAUUCAACUUCCUGGACUCGCAUCAGAACCUGCAACCCCCACAUCUGAAUGUUCACUAGCAUCAUUAACGUCAAGUCAACUGAGACAUUGUAAGGGCGGCGCAAAAAAGAAUUGCCCCCCCAGCAGUCCUUUGGUAACACAGUUAAUAGAAAUGGGUUUCCAUAAAAAGAGUGCUGAAAUGGCCAUAAAAAGCUUAAGUAUUGCAGAAGCAAACAUUACACCAGAAACAGUAGUAGGCUGGCUUCUUGAAAAUCCUGAUGCUGGAUGUAGCGACACGGAAACGAUAUCAAGUGUUGAACCUUUGUCAGAUUCUGAUGUUUCUAUAAGUGAAGAGGUAGACGAUACUACAUCGGCUCAUGAAGUGGGAGCACCUCCCCCACAGGCUUACAUGCAACGUGCUGAUUUUUUAUCAGUUGACGAAUACGCCAUUUACAUUCGUGAUAAUGUAACAGCUGGCAUGUUUGUUCGCUGUUGCAAGCGUUACGAAGAAGUUGCUUAUGGUGAUGUUGGGCAAGUUGUGAAAAUUGACCCAGAAGGUUUGCAUGAUCUAAAUGUCCAGGUUGCGUGGCAACGAAAAGGUAGCACUUAUUGGGUUAGAUUCAUUCACAUUGAACUUUUAGGACAUCCACCUACUUUACCUGGUUUACCUGCAUUGAAAGUUGGAGAUAAAGUGAGAGUUAAAGCAGCGAUUGCAAUACCCAAGUACAAGUGGGGUUCGGUUAAUCAUCAGAGCGUAGGUGUAGUUACUGGGAUAAUUAACAAUGGGCAUGACGUAUCUGUCGAUUUUCCACAACAAAGCAGUUGGACUGGAUGUGCUGCAGAAAUGGAGAGAGUUCCAUCGUAUCACCAUGCGGUCUCUUGUGAUUCCUGCCAUCUAUCACCAAUUUCGGGACCAAGAUUCAAAUGUAAGCCUUGUGAAAAUUACAACCUAUGUGAAAAUUGUUUUUAUACAAAACGGUCACACAGACACGGUUUCAAUAGAAUUGCUGAACCAGGCUCUGCAGCAGUUUAUGCUGGAAAACCAGGGCGAUACCACCGGCAAGAUUUAUCUGAACCAGCAUUAAUAGAAAACUGGUCUAAAUGCAUUAGAACUCUGAAUGUUUCAUCCCGCGAAACUUGGGCUACCAGACUGGUAGAUGGUUCUGGGAAAUAUUGGCAAAGUUGUGGAUCACAAGGAAAGCAUUGGAUUCGACUAGAAAUGCUCCCUGGAAUUUUGAUACAUUCUUUGAAAAUGACUGUGAACCCAGAGGACAGUAGUUAUAUGCCAUGUUUAAUUGUAGUUAGUGCGGGUGAUUCGUUUGCUAGUUUACUAGAACUUGCAACGAUUACUGUGAGAAAUACCGAUAAAAUCGUCACUCUAAUCCAAGAUUUGAGAGAAUACUACCCGUGCAUUGAAAUAUCAAUAAAACAGUGUCGCAAUGGAGGCAUUGACUGUAAAAUACAUGGUCUGCAUAUAGUGGGCAGAAAGAAACUUUUUGAAAACCAGCUGGCAACAUCGGUUUCAUUUUUGGCAUCUGAUUGGGAAGCUGUUCAAGAACAACUCACAACUCAGCGCACAGGAGAUAUGCACCAGCAUUCGGCUGUUUAUGUGUGGGGAUUAAAUGACAAAGACCAACUUGGUGGCCUGAAAGGGUCUAAGGUCAAGCUCCCAGUGUACAGUGAGGUUUUAUCUCAGUUAAAACCAAUCCAUAUUGCAGGCGGCAGUAAAACACUAUUCAUUGUUAGUCAAGAAGGAAAGUUGUAUGCCUGUGGUGAGGGCACAAAUGGUAGGCUUGGGUUAGGAGAUAAUAAUAAUGUGUAUGAGCCUAGACCCAUACCAUUCUUAAGUCAGUACGUAAUUAAAAAAGUUGCAGUACAUUCCGGCGGUAAACAUGCGUUAGCUUUGACAAUGGAUGGAAAAGUAUUCUCAUGGGGCGAAGGCGAAGAUGGAAAGUUGGGGCAUGGUAACCACUUGUCUCUACACAAGCCAAGACUCAUCGAAGCCUUGAAGUCUAGAAGAAUUAGAGAUGUAGCUUGUGGAUCAGGGCACUCAGCUGCCAUUGCAAGUAAUGGAGAGUUAUAUACUUGGGGCUUGGGAGAAUAUGGAAGAUUGGGACACGGGGACACAAAUUCUCAACUCAGGCCUAAAUUGGUUGAAGCACUGGUUGGGCAGAGGGUUGUUCAAGUAGCUUGUGGGAGCAGAGAUGCGCAAACAAUGGCAUUAACUGAAGAUGGGUCUGUAUAUUCUUGGGGCGAUGGAGAUUUUGGAAAAUUGGGUCGUGGUGGUAGUGACGGAUGUUAUACACCUUUAGUUAUUGAUAGGUUGAAUGGCUUAGGUGUAAUACAAGUAGAAUGUGGAGCACAAUUCUCACUAGCUCUUACAAAAUAUGGAGAAGUAUGGACAUGGGGUAAAGGAGAUUACUUUCGUUUGGGGCAUGGAAAUGAUCAUCAUAUUAGAAAGCCCACAAUUGUGGAAGGUCUGCGUGGCAAGAAAGUUGUUCAUGUAGCUGUCGGGGCCUUGCACUGUUUAGCAGUAACUGAUACUGGACAAGUUUAUGCAUGGGGAGACAACGACCAUGGGCAGCAAGGAAACGGCACAACUAUUGUUAAUAGAAAACCUUCUAUGGUACACGGUUUGGAGGAUGCAAAGGUGAACAGAGUGGCUUGUGGAUCUAGUCACAGCGUUGCAUGGGUUCUAACUGAUCAACCAGCUACUAGUAAUCAAGAACCUGUAACAUUUCCGACUGACAAGGAUCCUUUGGGUCAAGCAACUCUUGGUUUCUUCGAUACAAAUGAAUCAAACACCAAUGCAACAUCAAAAAGCGUCCGACCUUCUUUGUCACACAUUAUACUCUCAUUGGAGAGUAAUGUUGCUAAGCAGCAAGCUUUGCAGCAUGUAAUAAAUGCUCUUCACAUCAUGCAGGCAAGAACAGCUGUUGUAAUCGCCUUACACAGUCAUACUACACUAGCAUCCUGCGGAACGGUGUCUAGUCCAGAUACUCCUCCAGAAGGUACAAUGAGCUCUAGCAUAGGGCAUGGUCAUACAGUAUACCAAAAUGUUGGAGAGAUAGCCCAAGGUGGGGGUGAAGCGCCUGCUAAUGUUGCUGAAGUUGCAAACAUUGUUUCAAGUACCAGGGCUACACCAGAAUCAGAAGAAUGCCUCUUAGCAACUUUCCCUUCUAUGUCUAGUUCAGCAAGUUUAUCAUCAAAAGCUUCAAAAAUGUCAACCAGUGCUAUGAGUGUAAUAGCUGCUACACUCACAUCGAAUGCUCAAGUUGUAGGAGACGGACAUACUACUGAACCUGGUUUGGACGAAUUUACAUCAACAUUGACAGAGGAUGAUGCAAGAAUGUUAGUUGACUUGUUAAAGUUGGCAGUCGCCAAUCGCGUUUGUGAAGGUGCGAAGGAAACAAUUUCAUCAGUAUUGGUGGCAUUGGGAAAUUCUAAUCGGCAAAUAGCCAAUAUGCUGCUGGAACUUUGUGUGACAGAGCUAGAAGACACUGCAGCUAAUUCUAACUCUUUGAAUAUGACACCACAGGUUAUUGUUCAAGAAACAACACAUCCGUAUAUUGAUGACACCACAUUGACAGGAAAUGUAAAAAUCCCAGGGGCCGAAGCACUGAGAAUAGAGUUUGAUCGUCAGUGCUCAACGGAGAGACGACACGAUCCACUUACCAUAAUGGAUGCUACAGGUCGUGUGCUUGCUAUUAAAUCUGGUCGAGAGUGGAGCGAAUGGGCAGCUGAAAUUAGAGUCCAAGGCGACGAGUUACGGUGGAGAUUUUCUUCCGAUGGCUCAGUGAAUGGAUGGGGAUGGCGAUUUACUGUGCACCCUGUUUUGGCUACAUUGGCACCGCAUGAAUUAGGUUCAGAUAGAGCUGUGCUAUCUCAACCUUCCAUAGCUUUAGCUGAAUGUUUACUCGGAAACAGUGUAUCAAAUACCGACAGACAUAUUGUUACAAGAUUAGCGGCUACAUUAGCGCAAUGCAGUCAGUUGAGUAUCUUGACUGCUUCACAAAGGAUGUGGGCGUUGAAGAAAUUGCAGGUUGUAUAUUUAAAUGGGCCUGGUAUUCGACUAGAAGAUACAUUAUCGACAUUAUUGGAUUCUUUGCCACAAGCUUUAUUGAGACAAUAUGAGUAUGAGGACCCUGCAGUGAGAGGUGGCAAACAACUAAUGCACAGUGAUUUUUUCAAAGUACUUAUAGCUCUGGCCUGUGAUUUAGAACUGGAUGCGAUGCCAUGUUGUUCAGAAAUGCAUAAGUGGUCAUGGUUCAGAAGAUAUUGCCUUGCAGCUAGAGUAGCAAAAUCGUUAAUAAAUAGAACUCUAUUACCCAAGCCAUUUUGCAUUGAGGUAACUAAGAGAAUAAAUGAGAUGACAACUGAAGGUGAUGGUACUACAAAAGAUCACGAAAAUCAUGAUUAUUUUAAACAAGAACACGACGAACAGUUAUUGUUAUGGCUGAAUAGAAGACCUGAAGAUUGGACAUUAUCAUGGGAUGGGUCUGGCGCCAUUUAUGGCUGGGGGCAUAAUCAUAGAGGGCAACUAGGGGGUUUGGAAGGUGCAAAGAUAAAAUUGCCGUCUCCGUGUGAGAGCUUGUCAGCAUUGCGACCUGUACAACUGGCUGGUGGAGAACAGACACUGAUGGCAGUAACCGCAGAUGGAAAAAUUUAUGCAACAGGGUAUGGUGCAGUUGGGAGAUUGGGCAUUGGUGGAACAGACUCAGCUUUGACCCCGACAUUAUUAGAAUCAAUUCAACAUGUUUUUGUCAAGAAAGUUGCCGUUAAUUCUGGAGGAAAGCAUAGCUUAGCCUUGAGUUCAGAAGGCCAUGUCUAUUCUUGGGGUGAGGGUGAAGAUGGAAAAUUAGGACACGGCAAUAAAUUAUCUUACGACAGACCAAAAUUAAUUGAGUCAUUACUUGGUAUGGAAAUUGUUGAUAUUGCUUGUGGAGGUCACCAUAGUGCAGCUAUAACUAAUGCUGGCUGGCUAUAUACUUGGGGAAAAGGGAGAUAUGGGCGCUUGGGCCACGGUGACAGCGACGAUCAGCUGAGACCAAAAUUAGUUUCAGCAUUACAGGGAUACAAAGUGGUUGAUGUAGCUUGUGGCAGUGGGGAUGCACAAACACUUUGCGUUACCGAUGAUGACAAUGUUUGGAGUUGGGGUGAUGGAGACUAUGGGAAACUUGGUAGAGGUGGAAGUGAUGGAUGUAAAGUACCGAUGAAAAUUGAGUCUCUUGCCGGGUUAGGUGUCAUUAAAGUUGAAUGUGGCAGCCAGUUCUCGGUUGCAUUAACGCGAUCAGGGGCUGUAUAUACGUGGGGAAAAGGGGAUUACCAUCGCCUGGGUCAUGGUACAGAUGAUCACGUCCGAAGGCCUCGAAAGGUUGCAGCUCUGCAAGGGAAAAAAAUUAUCUCUAUUGCAACAGGCUCUCUCCAUUGUGUAGCAUGUUCUGAUAAAGGAGAGGUAUUUACGUGGGGUGACAAUGACGAGGGGCAACUAGGAGACGGUACAACAAAUGCUUUGCAAAGACCCAGGCUUGUUCAUGCCUUACAGGGCAAGAAAAUAACCCGAGUUGCAUGUGGCAGCGCCCAUACUUUAGCCUGGAGCACUACAAAAGCUCCCCAAAGCCGACUGCCAGCCACAACACCUAUGGAAUAUGAUGUUGUUAAGGACCUACCAUUUUCUGCCCUGCACAAUAGAUUAGUUUUAUUACAUCACUUUGCUGAAUUACUUUGUCCAUCCUUACCUAUGUUCCAAACAACCGGACAUAUUGGAUUAAAUAAAUUAGCGCCUAUGCUAGUAUAUAGUAUUAAGGAAGCUACGUUUCGGAAAGUUGUCCAAGCUACGAUGGUCAGAGAUAGACAAUAUGGACCUGUUAUUGAAUUGAAUCGAAUUCAAGUAAAGAGAGCAAGGAGUAAAGGAGGUCUUGCUGGACCUGACGGGAUAAAAUCUGUAUUUGGACAGAUGGUUUCUAAGAUGCCGUUGCUAACACAGGAUGUUUUAUUUCUGCCACACAGAGUUUGGAAAGUUAAAUUUGUUGGUGAAAGUGUUGAUGAUUGUGGAGGGGGAUACAGCGAAAGUAUUGCAGAAAUGUGUGAUGAACUUCAAAAUGGAUCACUACCACUACUUAUUCCUACACCUAACGGUCGUGAAGACAAUGGAACUAACAGAGAUUGCUUCUUAUUGAAUCCCUUGGCUACAUCUGAUCUGCAUAUAAACAUGUUCCAAUUUUUAGGAAUAUUGAUAGGCAUCGCUAUUAGAACUGGGAGCCCGCUAAGCUUAAAUUUAGCGGAACCAGUAUGGAAACAACUUGCUGGAAUUUCUUUAACCCCUGCUGAUCUUACCGAGGUUGACAGAGACUAUGUCCCUGGACUACUAUGUAUCAGAGACAUGGAUCCAGAUGAAAAAGUAUUUCAAACUCUAGAAAUGCCAUUCUCUACUCCAUCUGCUGUUGGUGUUGAUGUGCCAUUGUCAAAUAGAUACCGAAAAAUAACUCCUGAAAAUCGACAUGAGUAUGUCCGAUUAGCAUUGAACUACAGACUUCACGAAUUUGAUACUCAAAUAGCUGCUGUCAGGGAAGGAAUGUCUAAAGUAGUGCCUGUUCCUCUUCUAGCAUUGUUUAGUGGAGUAGAGUUGGAAACAAUGGUUUGUGGAAGUCCAGACAUUCCGCUUAGCCUGUUGAAAUCGGUAGCAACUUACAAAGGCGUAGAUGGAACUGCACCACUAAUUCAGUGGUUUUGGGAAGUUAUGGAAGAGUUUUCAAAUCAAGAAAGAUCACUAUUUCUUCGAUUUGUCUGGGGUCGAACAAGACUGCCACGCACAAUUGCUGAUUUCAGAGGAAGAGACUUUGUUUUACAGGUACUCGACAAAUACAGUCCUCCAGAUCAUUUCCUUCCAGAGAGUUACACGUGUUUCUUUUUAUUAAAAAUGCCGAGAUAUUCUUGCAAGCCAGUACUACGUCAAAAAUUAAAAUACGCCAUACAUUUUUGUAAGAGUAUCGAUACGGAUGAAUAUGCACGGGUUCAGGCAGCUACAAAUUCAGACGUAGAAGAUACAGAUAGUAUUGCUAGUGAAGAGCACACGUCUUUGUAACUCGUCAACGAUGAAUUUACGCGAUCCUAAGUGUAGUAUAAGGUGAAAAGCUUGCAUAGGGUUGGAAUGUUGUGCAAUGAUAACAAUUUGAAGAAAAAAUGAUUUAUUUCAACAUUUAUUAUUUUGAUUCGGGCCUUAGAAAUUAUUUUUCAUGUUGUGCUCUAGUGAGUAAAAUUAUUUGUGAUAUAUUGAAUGUAUGUGGAAGUACAAGGCAUUCGUGAAUUUUAAAUUUCGUUCAACGUAGAUUGAAUUUUAGACACAAUUGUGAAAACAUUAAAAACUUGGGGCGUUUGAUUAUGUACUUCACAACCCGCCUAAUUUGCUUUUAAUCGUCUGAUAAUUUAAUGUGAUUCCUUCGUACGAAUGAAUGCCUUGUACAUAUUGUGCAGAAAGUAAGAUUAUCUGUUGUUAUUUCUGAAAAUACUAUGAAUAUGUAUUUGACACUAACGAGCUAUAAUCUAUAUUAUUAUGACACUCGGUUUAUUGUUCUGUAUACAUACGUCUAAUUUUUGCUGUUGAAAUAUCAUGUUGUUAUAAACAGUGUCUUAUGAUUGCUGAUUAGCUAAAAAAUUGUGUUGAUCUCGCAAAUCAGCUUGUCAUGGGUUAAAACUCUAUGAUAGAAACUAUUUAUUUCAAUUAUCUGGAUGAUGUACUUUCAAUUUAAAAUACUAGUCACAUGUUACAGUUAGAAACGAGUUGAGGUAGAGAAUAAAUUCUGCAUUAUACGUGAGCCUUCUGCAUAUUUGAAUUACUCUUGUUACAUGGUUUCUUUAAAAGUGAGCAAAUGUUGUAAAAACACUAGAGCUAUAACUUCUGUAACACAUAGUUAAAUAACAGAAGUUAUAGCUCUAGUGUUUUUACAACAUAUAUAUAUAGAAACACUCCAGUAUUUACAUCUUCUUUAGAAAACUUUGACUUCCAGUAUCAAGAGCUUUAAAUAAUCCGCGGAUAUCGUUUCCAAAAAAAAUUUGGGGGGUUACAAAGAUAAAAAAAUUAUUCUUUCAGUUUUUUUUUAAUUUAUGAAAUCUGUUACCUACUGUGUGCUACUAUUAUUCUUCAAGCUCACCAUACAGGGACUGAUGUUUCGAAGAUGAUGUUGAAAUUUUACUAAACUGGAAAUAUUGUUGCGUAAGUUGGCCUGCAAAUCAUGUAUUAAAAGGUAUUUCGAAAAAUGACCUUUACCUACAUAAGUUUCACCUAUAUUCAUCAAGCUAGGUAAUGUAACGAGCUUUUUCUGAAACUUACCAUUCUUAUUUCACAUUAAGGAAAGCCUCGUCUUAAAUCUUUUACUCGAGUUUUUCCUAACUUCAAGAGUUUGUCAACGUGUGAUAACUGAAAAUGCUUUUGAUGUAUAGGACUAGAAUAAUACGCAAGAGGAACAAAAAAUUUCAAACGAAUGAUAAUUGGUACUUGCAUGGACUUACUAUAUAUAGUGAUAUUCUUACAUAGAAUGAAAAGUUUAAAUUUUGAUCGCAGGUGUUGUUAUAAGUAGAGAGAAUCAUCUGUUUAGAUGAAACGUGACUCAUAAAAAUUUUUGUACCUGGUUCAUAUUUUGUGUCUCAAUUCUGUUGUCUGGUAUUAAUUUUUUAUCGCAAAGUUUUACCAGAAAAUGAUGUACUAUGUAUUAUUUGUAAAAGAAAACAGUUUUUUUCAUUGCAAUCUGUUAAGAUUAUUGUGUUAUAUUUCACGGAAAAAAUAAAUAAUACAAUAUUAGAA